CCGGGCAUGGCCUGGAGCCAGCCGGCGCUGCUGUUGCCCCCUCUGAUGCUCCUGUUGCUGGCGACCCCUGCCCAGGUCUCUCCUGACUACCAGUACUUCGGCCAGCAGGGAGUGGGUGACACCUGGGAGCAGCUGCGGCUGCAGCAUCCAAAGGACGUGGAAAACUCGAUCCUUGGCCCGUGGGGAAAGUGGCGCUGUCUCUGCGAUCUGGGCAAGCAGGAGCGCAGCCGCGAGGUGCUGGGCGCGGCCCCAGGCCCGGUGUUCAUGGACCGCGAGAACCUGGUCCAGGUGAGGCCCUGCCGGCAAAGGGAUUGUGCAUCCUGCAAGCCGAUCGACUGCGACUGGAGGACCUGAGUCCCGCAUCCGCGGGCGGGACCCCAGCGACCUCGAGGCGGAGCUUGAAAAGCGACCCCACCCACGCCGCUCCCCAAGGCAAGCCUUUGGCUGUCGUCCUUGGGGACUACAGUUCCCAGGAGGCUGCAC